GGUCCUCUUUCUUUGCCUAGCGCAGCCAUGGCUCCUGGUCCCAAGAAGCAUCUGAAGCGUGUAGCAGCUCCAAAGCUUUGGAUGCUGGAUAAAUUGACCGGUGUGUUUGCUCCUCGGCCAUCUACUGGUCCCCACACGCUGAGAGAAUGUCUCCCUCUCAUAAUUUUCUUAAGGAACAGACUUAAGUAUGCUCUAACAGGAGAUGAAGUAAAGAUCUGCAUGCAGCGGUUUAUUAAAAUUGAUGGCAAGGUCCGAACCUAUAUAACCUACCCUGCUGGCUUUAUGGAUGUCAUCAGCAUUGACAAGACUGGAGAGAACUUCCGCCUGAUCUAUGACACUAAGGGCCGCUUUGCAGUUCAUCGUAUUACUCCUGAGGAGGCCACGUACAAGUUGUGCAAAGUGAGGAAGAUCUUUGUGGGCACAAAAGGAAUCCCUCAUCUGGUAACCCAUGAUGCUCGCACCAUCCGCUACCCUGAUCCCCUCAUCAAGGUGAACGACACCAUUCAGAUUGAUUUGGAGACAGGCAGAAUUACUGAUUUCAUCAAGUUUGACACUGGUAACUUGUGCAUGGUGACCGGCGGUGCUAACCUGGGAAGAAUUGGCGUAAUCACCAACAGGGAGAGGCAUCCUGGUUCUUUUGACGUAGUUCAUGUGAAAGAUGCCAAUGGCAACAGUUUUGCCACCCGGCUCUCCAACAUUUUUGUAAUUGGCAAAGUAAGUCUUGGGUUUCCCUUCUCUCCAGUCUAAGGAAAACCUGUAAAUGCAGGUACUGCUG